GCCUACUUCACUAACGGCUAGCUGGGCAGCGCCGUAGUUUAGCUUGUUUACUUGCAGUCGACUCUCGCGUUGUAUAGAAGCGAGAGAACUUGAAAUAUAUGUAUAUAUAAUAUACACAUCCCUAAGCAGCCUCUGUUCAACUUGUUUUCAUCGACAGGAAUACGACGCUGAAGGAUUAAAUACCGAAUUGGCGUGUUGUGGUCGGCCACUUUGAACCAUAACAAUGUGGACAGACGACCUGAAGGCUCCCACCAACGAGCAUUCAUUUCAAGGAUGGACCAAGGUGAUGUAAAGAUAACAUUCAGAAGAGCUGACCAUUCAGGCAAACUGUUCUACACCGAAUUCCCAGAGGGGGGAGAUUCCUUGAAAGUGGCCCCUCAAAGUGCCAUCAAUUCUACCGCCUCUGUUAUUCACCCAUCUAGCCAGUUAAUGCAGCCUGGAAAGUCUAACAGUCUCAAUAGCAUCUCUGCUCCAGUGGAAGUGAUAUCCUCUUCCCUCACUGCAAACAUUGGCCCCUUGCAAGAAGAUCCCCAGCAACGGGGCCUGACCAAAGAGCAGAGACCAUCCAGUCGCCAAAACCUUGGCGUGAACUUGUUGAAUCUGGGGGGCAAAAUAUCACAGUUAACCCCGUCUUCCAUGGAUUCCCUAAUUGGGGGAUCCGAUCCGAACUUUUUCACCAUGAAAACGGAGGAUUUCUCUCUGGAUAGAGUAGGCCAUGAUCUAAUUGACUUGGAUCAUGCAUUUGAACACAUCGGGAAAGACAUCGACAUGAGCCAGAAACUAUUUGGCGAUAACACUCUGGAUCUGCUUGGUGACUUUGAGCUCACAGGCUCCCCUUCAGAUUUUUAUGCUGGGGAUGACGCCUUCUUGUCCACUCUGGCAGACGACGCUUUAUUUGUGGAUGCCGGUUCAGACGCCAGGGUAAUCAAGCCUGCUAUUGCAGAGGUCGCUAAUGGCAGCGGCUCACUCGCUCUCAAUGGUAACAACUGUGUGGCCAGUCCUGAUCAGUCCGGCUCAUGCAUAUCCUCACCUGCCACCGUGACCCCUACAGCCGCUUUGGUGAAGAAAGAAAAAGAUGCCGACUUUAUUCAGCUAUGCACCCAAGGUGUGAUCAAACAAGAGAAAAUGGCUGCCGGCAAGGCCUACUGCCAAAUAAGCAGCACCACAUCCACAGACCUGCCCAUCUCUAGCCCCAUCGCCAUCUGUGGGGUGAGCACCUCGGGAGGUCAGAGCUUCCACUUUGGACUCGGUACACAGCAGCAGAAGGAUCAGAAGUCGGUGACGUGCCAGUAUCUUCCUAUCAGCGCAACCUGGACCAGAGCUCAGACUCCUGGGCAAGUGUCAAGCUUGCAUCAGCCCUCUGAUGCUUUCUCAAGCACUGCAGGCUUCCUUACCAACUUGGCCAGCUCAACCUCCCGACAGGAAGGGGCCACGGUGCCGUCGUCGACCCAAGGAAAGAGCGGGACUCACAAAAUCUGCUUGGUGUGCUCCGACGAAGCCUCUGGUUGCCACUAUGGUGUGCUCACUUGUGGCAGUUGCAAGGUGUUUUUCAAAAGGGCAGUGGAAGGGCAACAUAAUUAUUUAUGUGCUGGAAGGAACGACUGCAUCAUAGACAAGAUCAGGAGAAAGAACUGCCCAGCUUGCCGUUUCCGCAAGUGUCUGAUGGCAGGCAUGAAUCUGGAAGCACGUAAGACCAAGAAGUUGAAUCGGUUAAAAGGCGGUCAGACAAGCAACCCACCCGAGGUGCAACUUCCCCCGCCGACUGAGGCCCGCGCACUUGUGCCCAAGUGCAUGCCUCAGCUGGCCCCCACAAUGCUGUCCCUUUUGACGGCUAUCGAACCUGACAUCCUCUAUGCGGGCUACGAUAGCACCCUGCCUGACACCCUCGCCCGCUUCCUGACCUCUUUGAACAUAUUGGGUGGACGACAGCUUAUUUCUGCUGUCAAGUGGGCCAAGGCUUUGCCAGGUUUCAGGAACCUUCACCUGGACGACCAGAUGACUCUGCUUCAAUGCUCCUGGCUCUUCCUCAUGUCGUUCAGCCUGGGAUGGAGGUCUUACCAGCAGUGUAACGGCGACAUCCUCUGUUUUGCCCCGGACCUCAUCAUGAAUGAGGAGCGAAUGAAGCUGCCAUACAUGGCCGAACAGUGUGCACAGAUGAUGAGGAUUAGCAGCGAGUUUGUCCGGCUGCAGGUUUCUUUCGAUGAAUAUCUGUGCAUGAAAGUCCUGCUGCUGCUCAGCACAGUGCCAAAAGACGGUCUGAAGAGUCAGGCAGCUUUCGAGGAGAUCCGGAUGUCUUACAUCAAGGAGCUGGGGAAAGCGAUAGUGAAACGAGAGGAGAAUUCCAGUCAGAACUGGCAGCGUUUCUACCAGCUCACUAAGCUGCUGGACUCCAUGCAUGAGAUGGUUGGCAGUCUUCUCAACUUUUGUUUCUACACAUUUGUGAAUAAAUCCCUGAGUGUGGAGUUCCCCGAGAUGCUGGCAGAGAUCAUCAGCUACCAGCUGCCCAAAGUCAAGGCCGGGAGCGUCAAAGCCCUCCUCUUCCACCAGAAAUGACUGUUUCCGCCAAACGGACACAAUGCCUUAAAUACCCCGACCCACUCCCCCGCCACUCCCCCACCUCUGCCAAGGACAUGAGUACGUCUUCGGGAGCGAGGAGGUUUUUACGAUUCUAACAAAUAGCAUCACGUCGUCUCAGGUGACUUCCUUCAAAUACACGUCUAUAAUGGAACUCAUAACAGAUAUUUUCUACACAUUAUCAUUUUACAGGUUGUAGUCGCCUUGAAGCAAACUAAAGUACAUAAAUAUUUAAACACUUUAGUUCGCUGUGGCUAAAUAUACAAAUUUGCUUCGAUGUUUCUAACAAUUUCCUAGGAUUGUUGGCCAUUUAAACAGACCUCUUCCAGGUUUACACGCGCCGAUUAUAAAAGGGAAAAAAAACAUGUGCCUUUUUUUUGUUUGCGUCAGAUAUCUCAGCCGUCUCUUCCCACCUGCCGGGGGCGUGCCUCUCCUCAGCCCGUCGCCGCCUUACCCUGAUUGUACUUUUCACCACACAUGCAGUCGCAACGCUUCCUUAUUAUAAGUAGCUGUGUUUUCCUCGCUCCUUGAAGUGCGCGCGUGUGUGAAAAUUCACAGCCUGCUCGUCGCCCCCUCCCCCACCUGGUUAUUGAGGUGGGAUUUAGGCACUUUGUACCCCGCUAAAGGCUUUAACUGUGAAGAAUGCAAGGUUUUAGUCCACCUGAUCUCAAUCGAUACUAUCUUUCCCCUAACCCCUCCAUCCUUCUGAACGAAUCAAUUUACCGAAUGUGAUUUGCGUCGACCAAUCAUACAAGAGAUCCUAUUUUCGUGUAGUAUUUCCGUGUAGUAAUGAGUGCGUAAACGAGGCACCUACUGUAGCGGUGAUUGUUGUGUCGCGUCACUUUGUGGAGCCCCCAAUUUCACCCACUGUUUUACUAACUGCUCCUUUAAAAGAUGGUUACCGUAUUUCCUCAUCUAGAUGUACUCAACUGCAGAAAGCACUGGGUAUCACAGGUUUUUAAAUAUUUUUUGCCCCACCUAUAUUGUGUUUUUAAAUGUUUCGAUAAUCUAUAUCGGAUUUUCCCUUCAUUAAUGUAAUACUGUAUAUCAGAGGUGGGAAUCUAUGGAUGAUUAGAUUCAGUAUUGAUUUUCGAUUCAAACCGAUUCUCUCAAAGUAUUAUUUGGUAAAAAUAAUACAAUCUUUUCAAUGGUUGCUGACCUAUACACGCAGCGCGUAAACAUGGAGAUGGCCUAAACAUGUCUUUUUAAAAACUGAUGUUUUUUUAAAUCGCUUUAGAAUCGGAAUAAGAACCUCCAUUCGGAUAGAAAUAGGUUUUUGAGCUACUAACUAGUUUUGUAUAGAUAGGAACCCAUCAGAGUCAAACAAAAUCCAUGUUUCUUUUUUAAAAAUAAGUUAUAUUAUAAUACAGGCCAAAAGUUUGGACACGCCUAGUGGUUAGAGUGUCCGCCCUGAGAUCGGUAGGUUGGAGUUCAAAUCCCAGCCGAGUCAUACCAAAGACUAUAAAAAUGGGACCCAUUACCUCCCUGCUUGGCACUCAGCAACACGGGUUGGAGUUGGGGGUUAAAUCACCAAAAUGAUUCCCGGGCGCGGCGCCGCUGCUGCCCACUGCUCCCCAAGGGGAUGGGUCAAAUGCAGAGGACAAAUUUCAAGUGUGUGUGUGACAAUCAUUGGUACUUUUUAAUUAAACCUUCUCAUUUGAUGCCUUUAUUGUCAUGACUAUUUGCAUUGUAGAUUGUCACUGAAGGCAUCAAAACUAUGAAUGAACACUUAUGUCACCUGAAAUGGUUUUCACUUCACAGGUGUCAUAGUUUUGAUGUCUUCAUGAAAAUAAAGAAAACGCAUUGAAAUGAGAAGGUGUGUCCAAACUUUUGGCCUGUACUGUAUAUGUAAUGUGUACAAAAGUGACAUUAACAUUUGUUUACCGCUAUAACAAGUAAAAAAAAGUUCAUUUUCAUUAAAAAAAAAAACAUGGCACCUGGAACGUAUUUGCUCAGCAAUACCUUAGGAUAUAUUGCUGGAAUUACUGUGUGUUUUAAUUUCGAAAUAAUGAUUUUGCUCAUAUUGAAUGAACUGAGCAGCCAAAGAAAAAGCCAAACACUUUUUUUAAACAUCACUAUCAGCUUUACAGAUGCCAUGUCUUCUGUCGUAGCUAUUAAUAACCACAAUGUGUGUGGGUCACACACAUAAUAGAAUUUUUCGAUUUUCGGAGCAUUAUUUGAGGAAAUACGGUAGUUGGUAGUCGUAUUUGAGGCCCUGUGGAUACUUUGUCUUAAAAGUUGUCGCGCUAUGUUUGUGUUUGCUACAUUCAAACUUGACCUUCAUCCUUUUGGAUACUAUUUGAGUGCCAACCAGCCCCCCGCCCCUCGGUGUGUUCCCAAUGUUUUCUAUUGGGCUGCAAGCACAGCUGGACUGAAGGUGUGUGUGUGUGCGUGUGUGUGUGUGUGCGUGUGUGUGUGUGUGUGUGUGUGUGUGUGUGUGUGCGUGCGUGCGUGCGUGCGUGCGUGCGUGUUUUUCAGCUCAGAUGAUAAAUAAUCUCCCCAUUUGUGUUUUGGUAGCUUGUUGUUUGCGUUGCAAGCUUCUUCAUCUCGGUUGUUUGAUGCGUUCGAUCCUGUCAUUUUAUUUGUGUGAAAAGCACAAAAUACUCGCUUUUAAAAAAAAAAAAGAAUUGUUAUAGUCAUGUCAGGGCGAAAUAGGAAACAUUCUGUGAACAUGUAAGUGGAAAUCAAUGCUGCCUCUUUGAGAGUAAGGCACUAAAGUCAUGUGAUUUCUCUCAGCCAAUCAGGGACGGAGGGUAAUCCUAAUCAUGAUAAUGUUGCAAUGUAACAAAAAGCACUGUAUAGACACGAAUUAGAAAAAAAUAAAACAUUUUAAGUAAAAAAUUAAUCUUUUUUUCAUUGAUUAGCAUAGUACAUAACUCCUGUUUUUACGUUUCUGAGAGAGUCACAAACGCAUCUGUCCAGGUCGCUGGCGUGUGUGACGGGAAGAAAAGCUCUGACUCGCUUUGGGAAAAGUUAUUUGGCGCCACCUGUUGCUUUGCAUGUAUACAUCUCUGCGCCCCGAAUCGAUAUCAGGGGUCAAUACGGCAUAUGAUACUGUAAGACUGUACAGGAUUAUGAUUUUGAAAUGUAGUAAUUCCAAGUAUUUCAGGAAAAAAAACCCUACAAAGCAGAGGUGGGUAAACUAUAAUAACCCCUUAGAGUGUCACUGUGGGCACAUAUUCACACUGAUAUUACCACAGUACAACUGUAGUGUGUACAAGGCUUACCACUACUUUCAAUCACCCAGUAAACAAAAUCGGACAAUAAUCCAAAUGAAUACUGAAAUACGAAAGAACAGGACUAAUCAUUACAGGUGUUUUUUUCUCCUUACUGCAAGUCAAAUAGUUUGUCAUUUUCCACAAACCAGGAAGUAACAACCCAAAUACUCCACCAUUGCUCUUUCUUUGACAUUUUGUUAGCAAUUGAGCCUUGGUGGAGGUCUGUGCUCCUGUCAUCAUCAAAGUACAGUAAUAUGCCAAAAACACUUUCUGCACAUGCUUCUCAUUACCUUGGAUACCACUUUUUACACAGAAAAUGCAGUAUUUUGGAAUGAAAUGCUGGAAAAAGACCAACACACACGAAUGAAUGUUUUACAGUUAAAAUAUUUGAAGCUGAAAUGUACUCCCAACAUUUGAUGAUGUCAGAGCGAAGUGGCCGUUAGUGUCAUUUGGUCCAUUCCUGGGUCACAUUUAUGCAAACUUCCCCAUACGGCUCCUUGUUAGGGAAGAGCGAGCUGAACAAUUAGACAUUGUUUAGCUUCAUCCUGACCGUUCAGCACCAAAAACACCUUUGCCAACCUCAAAAUUGUUUAUUUGCAAUAAUUGGUUACGCUCAUAUUCUCCCGAGAGCCAGCGUCCCAGUUUGCAAGGCCAAAUUUAAGCCCCGAAAAAUACACCCCCCCCCCCCACACCCACCCCAUUUUGCGCACUGCCCAAAUGGGCGGAGCCUGGUGUUUGUCCGGCUAUUUAUGUCCCAAAAUGAGACAAAGCAGGAGGUUCUGCAUUUACUUUUUAGUCCAAUAGCCCGACAUUUGCCCACCUCUGCUGUGUGAAAAGGUUGAAGAGCAUCCUUUCACGCCUCAUUCGUUCACACGGUAACCAUUGUAACGUCCGUUACCAUGUUUGACCCGGUCUCAGGUUAUGAUGGGAAAUAUUUUAUGUUUUGUGUUGUUUUCUUCUCCUAAGUAAAUUUUUACACGCAUCGCUUUGCUUAUGGAGUCAUCAGGAAACAAGCGCUUUUCGUUGCCGUCUAAAAGGUUACUUUCACAUUCAGCCUGCUCAAAUUACUGCUGCUGCUCCUUUCAAACAGAUAUAUAAAGACAUAUAUAUUUAGAGAUAUAUAUUAUAUAUAUAUAUGUGUGUCUGUGUGUAUAUAUGUAUCUAUAUAGAUACAGAUAUAUAUAUACUACAAUGCAUUAUAUACAUACUACAAUGCAUUAUACAUAUACCAGUGUGUGUGUAUAUAUAUAUAUAUUUAUAUAUACAUUAUAUAUAAACAUAUAUAUAAUAUAUAUAUAUACACAGAUACAUAUAUAUAUACAUUCUACAAUGCAUUAUAUAUACAUAUAUGUGUAUAUACCUGUGUAUAUAUAUAUAUAUAUACACACACACACUACAAUGCAUUAUGUAUAUAUACACAUACUACAGUGCAUCAUCUUGUUUGCUGAGAUUAUUUUCCUGUUGUAACAAAUAAUGCAGUAGAAACACCAGAUAACACAUCACCACCCUGUCCAAUAUAAGCUAUUUUCAUACACUUUCAGGAACACACACGUGUAAUGUUUUCAGACUACAAGGUGACCAAAGCACUUAACACAGAAACUCACUAAGUAGUUGCUUUUGUUUUAUGGUUGUUAGAACAACAAACACACAUUGAUGUUAAUGCUGUGAAUAUAAGUCCAUUUUUUUUUCCACACCAAACUGUUUGUGAAAGUAAUCGACCAGCUAGUAUGGAAAGAUUUGCACUCGCCAGCUAUCGUUUGGAAAUCUAUUUUCUAUAAAACAUAUAUGCAGACAUUUUUAGACUUGUCAAGGGCAAAUGGUGUUUUCAUUUUGUGUUUCAGUACAUAUACAGUAUAUGUAUAUAUAUAUAUAUAUCUCCAAGGUGGUGUAUUUGUUUCCCAAUUCAUGUUUUCUUUCUAUAUUCUCGCAUUUGUUCACUUUUCUUUUGUACUGUGACUUGUUUUGUGUCGUCCUUCGUGAUACCCGUCUUUCAUCCGAAUAAGGGUGUGUAUACACGCCGUAGUUUGCCAUGACACCUGAUUUAACACUUCUACAACAUACGCACAAAAGGUGACAGUCAUGUCAUACAUUGUAAGCUGCUCUAGUUUAGCAAAUAAAAAUGCUUUUCCAUCCUGGUGCUGAGCUAAUUCCUUCCGAAUGUUAUGUUGAAAGAAUAGAAUAUUUGACCAGGCCAAAGCUUUGACCAGCUGCUCCCAACCUUUAUUGAGGCAAGGCACUUAUUUCACUUGAGAAAAAUCACACCCAGCCAGGCUGGCUUAUAUUUCUUGUAGGAAUAAUGCCACCUAGUGGAAGAGCAUUGAACUAUUCUGCCUGUCACUGAGCAUUACUGCAAUGGAUAGUUGAAAACAGACACUAAAUACAGUAUUUAGGGACUGAGUCCCUUCGGGACAGAGGACCCUAUUGUAUUUGUAGUGUUUUAUUAUUAUACCGCCGCCUCUUUGAGCUGUAAUUUGACCCCCUUAACAUGCUUCAAAACUCACCAAAUUGGACAUACACAUCAGGACUGGCGAAAAUUGCGAUUUAAUCAAAAAACCAAACCCCAAAACUCAAAAAUACACAUCAGGACUGGCGAAAAUUGCGAUUUAAUCAAAAAACCAAACCCCAAAACUCAAAAUUGCGCUCUAGCGCCCCCUAGGAAGAAAACAGAGACAAAACUGCCUGUAAAUCCCAGUAGGAAUGUCGUAGAGACAUGAAACAAAAACCUCUAUGUAGGUCUCACUUAGACCUAUUAUUCAUACACUGACAACCCCCAGCAAAAAUCAACAGGAAGUUUGCAAUUCCCCCUUCAAAACAAAAGUUGUGUAAAAACAGUCACCUUUUUUCAAACAUUAUCUCCUCUGAGCGCGCUUGUCGUGUCGGCUUCAAAUUAGCACAGGAGAGAGAUUGAACCCUUUUGAUUAAAAGUGGAUGAAAGAGUUUUAAUUACUGCUCCGGUUUGGAUUUUAUGAGCCCUCAAAGUCGGUCCCGUACAUCGCUGCUUGCAGCUUUAAUUAUAUUUGUAGUCAUAGUUUUUUUUGGAGCAAUUAAGUGCAAAUAGAUCAGAGCUGGGCAAAUAUUUUGACUUGGGAGCCACAUUGAGAGAAAAAAAUGUGUCUGGGGGGGCUAAUGUUUAUGUGUGUAUAAAUUAUAUAUACACUUUUAGCUGUAAAAAUCUGCUGUACGGUAUGUGUGUUUGAGUCCCUUUUUUUCAGGAACACUAAUACCUAAAGUCGCAAUGUCCGAUUGAAUUCUAAAAACGUUAUGACUGACUACCACAAAAAAACGCAAUGGAAUUUUACAGUUUUUUACUGAAUGGGACACCCAAAAUGUUCAUGAAAAUAAAGAAAGUGGGAUUUACAAUAUUAACUAUGAACAAUAAAACACUGAAUAUUAACAACAUAUGAACGUCGCACCUCUUUUACUUCUCAGACCAGCUCCUCGAUAGUUGUGUAUCUUUUACAAUCGAGCAAAACACAACAAAAAUGUAAAAAAAACAGCAAAAUAUGAAUGCAAAGUGUAUUAAACACCUACAAUAUGAUAUAUUAGCACGUAAAAAUGUGCUUCCGCAUCUGUUUCUGACACACGCUUUUCGGGCUGGCUGCUCUGAAAACAAACCCCGUCCACUCUGUGCCUCGUCUGAGCUGCUGUGAUGUAGAUUACCGUAAUAACACCCAAAAGCACAGAUUUCGACCGUUGAAUUACUUUCUAUAGUUCAAGACUUACAGUAAUUUAAAAACAGCACUGCUCAUCAUAAUUGUUGUUAAAGGUCUAAAAAAAAUUAUGUAGAACGUCCUGUGGGCCGGAUUGAAAAUGUUAACGGGCCGCAUGUGGCCCGCGGGCCGUAUUUUGCCCAGGUCUGAAUUAAAUGUUGUGCCACGGCACAGUGGUUGGGAAUCACGGUUCUAGAUAUCCCUCUUGACUCACCAGGUUAGAUCCCUGUCCCACCAGAGCCAUCAUUCCAAUUCGAAACCACCCAUCCAAAAUAGUCUGAAAUCCGCCAGGCCAUUGAUCAUGCAAGAUCUACCUCAGCAGCUGGACCAAACGGCGUACCAUACAAGGUCUACAGGAACUGUCCCAUUGUUCUUAAGAGCUGAUGAGUGAAGCCUGGACAGCAAAAUCUAUUCCACAGGCACGGUGCAGGGCAGUCAACUUCAUCCCCAAAGAGAAAGUCUUGUGCCAAGUCAGAUGCAUUGCUCUCUGAAUGUGGAAGGAAAAACCUUCUCCAUGACCAGUUACCUCCUAACAGUUACAUUAACACCAGUUGCCAAAAGGUACACGUUCUCUGGUUUCCAAGGCCAUGAUAAUCUGGGACCAGAUCAGACCUCCAUGUGGUCUUGUUGGAUCUCACAUACCAAUCUAUCCCCCACCAUCUCAUCCGGUUCGCCCUCAAUUUCUUACACAUUCCACACUGCAUCCAGAGCCUCAUACCUGAUUAUUUCAACAGCCUCCAAGUUGGCCAUUUGGGUGCCACAACCGCUUGGCAUCACCUGGAAAAAGGUAGAGCAAUGGUCUGUGCCAUUGUGGUGAAUUAUACCGUGUACCAUUUUCUUAUAUGAUUGUGAACUAGCAUGUAUUUGUAUUUGGUCACAUAAUCCUUUAGAGGAUUAUCCUAUUAAGGAAAUAUGCCUUUAGAUAGCUUUGGGCGCAGAUGUCCAUCACAAGCUCUCUAGACAGUGGUGGCUCUUGUUCUCAGGAAAUUGGACUCUUAAAGGAUAGCAGCAGUUGGAUUUUAGGAGGAAGUGUAAACACUUUAGCAACAUCUGGUAGGAAGCCCUCACAAGUAGAAGUAAAGGAUAGGGGUCUGUGGGCACCCGACUCAAACCGAUCAGAGGAAAUAGGUUGACAGGCCAAGCAACAAACUGGGCUUUGUCCAGACUGACCGGCUCCAAGGCUAGAGUUACAAAGAGUGGGAGUCUUUGGGUCUUCAGUGGCCUUGUGGUUAGAGUGUCCGCCCUGAGACUGGAAGGUUGUGAGUUCAAACCCCGGCCGAGUCAUACCAAAGACUAUAAAAAUGGGACCCAUUGCCUCCCUGCAUCCAGGGUUGGAAUUGGGGGUUAAUUCACCAAAUGAUUCCCGAGUGUGGCCACCGCUGCUGCUCACUGCUGCCAACACCUCCCAGGGGGUGGACAUGGGGAUGGGUCAAAUGCAGAGGAUAAUUUCACACAAUAAUUUGUGCGACUAUCGUUGGGACUUUGACUUUAACUUUAAGGACAGUGGUCUGAGAGGACAUCAGAAGAGUAGUCAGGCCCAUAGUCUUUCUCCUGGAAGCUGCAGUUCCAGUCUGAGGCUCGCUGAAACAAAGCUUUUUUGUUCGACGGUUCCUCGUUGGCGUCUUCUUGGCUCAUCACCCAUCACACAGUCACUCUGUCCUGGGAGAGUGACACGAACAACUAAUAUACAACACCAUCGCCCCAAUUCUUUUCACGGCAGCCUUUGAGAUCAUCUCAACUGGCAGUAGGAAAAUUGUCAAAGGAGUAGUGGUAAAUGGUAAAUGGGUUACACUUGUAUAGCUCUGACAGUGUUUCCACAUUCACCCAUUCACACACUGAUGUCGGGAGCUGCCAUGCAAGGCCCUAACCACGACCCAUCAGGAGCAAGGGUGAAGUGUCUUGCUCAAGGACACAACGGACGUGACAAGGUUGGUAGAAGGUGGGGAUUAAACCAGGAACCCUCAGGUUGCUGGCACGGCCACGCUGCCCCAUGGCCCCAUUAGAUGAUGUAACCACUCCAUAGGAUAGAUAAGAAAGAGAUAGACCAAAGUCCCCUCCUUUAAGGCCUACUGAAAGCCACUACUACCGACCACGCAGUCUGAUAGUUUAUAUAUCAAUGAUGAAAUCUUAACAUUGCAACACAUGCCAAUACGGCCGGGUUAACUUAUAAAGUGCAAUUUUAAAUUUCCCGGGAAACUUCCGGCUGAAAACGUCUAUGUAUGAUGACGUAUGCGCGUGACGUCAAUGGUUGAAACGGAAGUAUUCGGACACAUUGUAUCCCAAUGCAAACAGCUCUGUUUUCAUCGCAAAAUUCCACAGUAUUCUGGACAUCUGUGUUGGUGAAUCUUUUGCAAUUUGUUUAAUGAACAAUGGAGACUGCAAAGACGAAAGUUGUAGGUGGGAUCUGCAGCAACACAAUCAGGAGGACUUAGACUUGGAUAGCAGAUGCGCUAUCCGACGCUAGCCGCCGACCGCAUCGAUGAACGGGUGAAGUCCUUCAUCGCGCCGUCGAUCGCUUGAACUCAGGUGAGCACGGGUGUUAAUGAGCAGAUGAGGGCUGGCGUAGGUGGAGCGCUAAAGUUUUUAUCAUAGCUCUGACGAGGUCCCGUAGCUAAGUUAGCUUCAAUGGCGUCGUUAGCAACAGCAUUGCUAGGCUUCGACAGGCGGCACAGCAUUAACCGUGUAGUUACAGGUUCGGUGUCUCCUGAUAGUAGUAUUGUUGAUCUUCUGUCUAUCCUUCCAGUCGGGGGCUUAUUUCUUUUGUUUCUACCUGCAUUUAAGCACAAUGCUAUCACGUUAGCUCCGUAGCUAAAGUGCUUUACAGAUGCAUUGUCGUGGAGAUAAAAGUCACUGUGAAUGUCCAUUUCACGUUCUCGACUCUCAUUUUCAAGAGGAUAUAGUAUCCGAGGUGGUUUAAAAUACAAAUCCGUGAUCCACAAUAGAAAAAGGAGAGAGUGUGGAAUCCAAUGAGUCCUUGUACCUAAGUUACGGUCAGAGCGAAAAAAGAUACGUCCUGCACUGCACUCUAAUCCUUCACUCUCACUUUCCUCAUCCACGAAUCUUUCAUCCUGGCUCAAAUUAAUGUGGAAAUCGUCGCUUUCUCGGUCCGAAUCGCUCUCGCUGCAUUGAAAACAAUGGGGAAAUGUGAGGAGCCCUUCAACCUGCGACGUCACGCUACUUCCGGUAGGGGCAAGGCUUUUUUAUCAGCGACCAAAAGUUGCGAACUUUAUCGUCGAUGUUCUCUACUUAAUCCUUUCAGCAAAAAUAUGGCAAUAUCACGAAAUGAUCAAGUAUGACACAGAAUGGAUCUGCUAUCCCCGUUUAAAUUUUAAAAAAUUCAUUUCAGUGGGCCUUUAAAGUCAAAGUCUGGUGCUACCGAUUACUCUUCCAUCGCUUGAUGUGGCCCCUCAAAUUAUGUGACAUCACCUUACCAACAGUACUCAGGUUGCAGGCGGAGGCAAAUAUCUACAUCUUGGUUUACUAAUUCAGUCCUGGAGGAAGAAACGCUCUAAAGACUUUCAUUGGAAUUGCUCAGCCUCGGCUUCAAACUGGAGAAUGUGGGGCUGUGGUUUGAAUUCAAAAACUCACCUCACCCAGAGUUGAAAAAGGUUUUUAUCGGAAUGAAAAGGGACGCAUCCCAGGCAGUGCAGCAAUCUGUGACGCUGAGAACUUGGGAAGACUAUAGGAAGACUCGAGCCAAAGCCACAGCAAAUAAGAGGAAAUGUCGGUGAUUUUAGAAUUUAGGAGGGAAGAAGACAAUGACUUCAAAAGCUGUGAGCCAAUCUCAGCAAGGUCGUUGGACAAACUGAGAAGCCGUCACUGACAGGACCAUCACAUGGCCGAUCCGUGGAAUUUUCCUCAAGCAAGGCUGAACUUCCUGAAGAGGUCUACAUACGAUAUCCUCCCAAGCCCCAAAAACCUACAUUGGGGGUUUGGCACCUCUGCGGUGGCCAUGGUCCCAGCCUGCUGCACAUCCUCUCUGGCUGUAUAGCCGCACUAACCUAAGGUCCAUACAGAUGCCGCCAUGACCGAGUCCUGCAAAAGCCCGAGAAGGUCAUGGAAGCAAACAAAGGCAGCGAAGGAGCAAGACACAAUCCCAUAAAAUUUGUUAGGGAAUGGGGAGAGGCCCCAAGGAGAGACCCUUGCUAUCCGCUGGAGACAAAUGAGACCUGAAAGUUCCCCUCCCAUAUUACUAGAACUUCUCUCUGACCAGACUUUGUUCUCUGGUCCACUGUCACAAAGUCUGUCAUCUUGGUAUUCCACCACAUUCCAAUGGGAAGACGAAAUGGAAGCUGCUUUCAGCUGCCUGAAAAGAGUCUGGCUGGAGAUCCCCCGUUCCCAGUGGAAGUCAGUGUAGAGGCUACACUGGAACCUCCACCCAGUGGUUCCUGAAGACUCAGGGCAUCAAAAGACCCCAGACUAGGAAAGGCCUUGCAGAAGACGCAGAACGAGGAAGCUUCUGGUUAUGGCUCCGGCGGAACGACAGGUCUUGGGGGAGAGAAGGGUCCAAGUAGGCUGCAGGGAGACGUCCCCGCCAGAUGUUCCGGAACUUAAGGAGUGAGACUUAUGUUAAGGGUGGACCCUGCAGCUGACCUAAUGGAACUUGCGGAGGUUAGGCAGAUAUGUUUUACAGGUCGUCCCACCUAAGACAUUCACGUAGAAAUUGUACGGAGACAUUUAAAAUACACAAAAAGAUUAAAUACGAGAAUUGAAUAAAUCAGUAAUAAAAAUAAUUCCUUACUUUUAUUCGCUUGUCUUGCAUGCUGGAAAGGGCGUUGAAAGGAAGGCAGGGACUGGCUAACCGUGGGGAGGAGGUCUCAAUAAUGAGACCACUACGCUGCUGAGUUAUCGCUGUCCAUUUCGUAAAAAGUAUUAUUUAUCCUUCAUGAUGGUCGCGGUGUUUGAGCAGCCAGUGUUGAGGGUCUUCACAUUUGUCACUUUGCUUUUCUGGGGCGCGUUGCCUUCAGAAGACUCUUCGUUACGAGUCUUUGAGUAACUAAAAAGCUUUGUGGAAUUGUGAUGAAUUAUGAAGAUUAUUAUGAAGUGCUUUACGGUGAUGAGGCAAUGACAUCAUUGCUUCAUCACUGCGUCUCACUGACAUUUCACCUCUGAUGUGCUAUAAGAAUAAAUGCCUUGCGGUCGCUAAGGAAAUGAAGAGCCCGCCAGCACUCGUUUUCAUUUCUUUGAGUCAUUCUGCCAAACAAAGAAGUGAUGAAGAAGACUAAUAGCUUGAUACAUACCUUGACAUGUACAUUUAUAUUAUAUGUUUUUAACAUAAACAACGGUUUGUGUUCGUACUUGUUUUUCUGACAUAAAUGAGCAAGAAAAUAAGAAAGAAAAUUGCAAGCUACCAUUGCAAUUUUGAUCAGUUUUUCUACAUUUAUAUUAAUUGUUUUCGUUGUUUAUAUGCAAUUUCGCAUUUAAAAAGAAACACGCAGAUGAAUACAAAGUUUACCAAAAGAAAGAAAUUACAGACACACAACAGCUUGAUAUUGUUAUUGUUUACUUUUUA